UGAAUCGUCAAGCAUUCCGCCAGCAGAACCCCACGACGCCUCAGUACCGUCGUCCGCAUCGGCCUCAUCACAGAUCUUGGCAUAGAACCUUCUCGUUGCCAACAUGAUGAUCUCGCCAUCAGGGAGGUUCAGCGGUUUCGCAAGAUCCAUGCCAGCAGCCGCAGCAGCCGCCACUGCUUCGCACCUGCCCAUCUGCCCCACCCCAGCCCCUCCGCCCUUCGCCAGGGUCCGCAGCUUCGCCAGCCAUGGAUUCUCACUGCAUGGGCGUGAGCGUGAGUUUCGGCAGCGAGGGGUGAUGGCCAAUGAGGUGUAUCGGAUGGUGGCCAAGGAGCCGCCUGAUACGGAUGAGUGGCGGCGGAUGGCCAAGAGGAUAGCUGAAGACUGUGAGCAGCUGACGGAGGAGGACCUCGCAUACGUCAUCGGUCAGCAGUGCAGAGGGAGAUGCGAUGCCACAUACUAUACGCGUCCACGUGAUGUCAUGUGCUGUAUUGUAUUGUAUUGCAGAGUGUCUGAGUCGGCCGCCGAGUGAGCUGCUGUCCGACAUCGGUGACCUGUACAGAUCUCUCGAGGCCACUUUGAUCAGUCGCAUGGCGUCGUUCAAAAGCCACCAGCUGAAGCGCAUCGUGGCAUCCUAUGCCCUGGUGGGUGUGCGGCUGCCAAAGCUGCUCGACGCCCUUGCCGACAGGGCGGCACGGACCGUCGAACAGAUCUCUGGAGGCGAAUACAGCUCUAUGGCUGGAGGUAAGGGAGCUGCCGACUCGCGAAUGCUCUCACACGCACUCAGGCGAUCUAUCUUCUCUUAUAUUCUUUGUCUUGUCCUUCUGUCUGUCUGUCAGCGUUUGCCCGCCUGAACCAUCAGCAUUUUGCUUUCUUCGAUGCUAUCGCGGAUCGAGCCAUCGCCGACGCGUCGGAUGACGUCACCACUCCCUCCUCCGACUCCCCCCGGCUGUCGUCCAUCGACAUCACCCACCUCCUCUACGCACACGGCCACCUCAACAUCCGCAACAUGCGCCUCUUCAAGACGCUCGGCGAGGCCCUGCAGCAGCAACAGCAGCUGGCGGAGCUGACGACCGUCAAUGCCGCCCUGGCGUUGAAUGCGUGCGCAAGGGUCGGCCACUGUGACGCUGGGCUCUUCGAUGGGGUCGCUGACAGGCUACUGGGCCAAGACGGUGAGUGAGGCAACGCAGACAGGAGAAAGAUGACCCAGAAGCGGCAUCACGGCGUCUGGGCGGAUGUGUAUUGGGUGUGUUAAAAAAAGGCACCAAGCCGAUCUCCGCGGAGGACUUCGAGGCGCGUCAUGUGGUGCUGAUGCUGAACUCAUUUAGUCGGUGCAACAUGCGGCGGCCUGCCGUCUUCAAGCGGCUCACUGGCCUGCUACUCGACCCACCCCGUGUGCAGACGCUCUCGCCACAGCAGCUCGCUAUUGCGGUAAGAAUGGCAUGGCAGACGGACGGACAUGGGACGCCUUCGUGGGUUGUCGUUUGAGUCUGUGCAGGUUCAUGCGUUGGCCAAGGUGGACGCGUUGCAUCGGCCCUUUAUGGAGGCCGUGGGCGUGAGGGCAACAGAAUGUGCAGAGGAGUUCCAACAACGAGAGCUGGGUACGUCCACACGAUGAUCUGACUGACACCAACCCUGCACACCAAUGCAUUCUCAUCUCUUUCUCGUGCUCUCCGUCCAGGCAACCUUCUGUGGGGUUUUGCGAAGCUGGGCUAUCGCGAUCGCCUCAUGACUGCCGCCCUGUUGGCCGAGGUCAAGAAGCACGCCGAGAGCUUGGACGAUAUCACCACGGCCCAGGUGCUGGACGCCAUGCGGCGGUUCGAUUGGCGGGGCGACUAUGUGCUCAACAACGCCCUCAGGGACAGGUUCUUGACCUCCAUUGAGACCAGCGACAACCACAACCUCACACAGUCUGCUUGGUGGGGGAGGGAGGGGUGGCUGGGUGAGAGGCACCGAUGUACACCCAUGUCUGUCUGGCUGGCUGCAGGUGUUUGACGGAGCUGGAUGCCUUUCCGCAGCACGACGGGACGAUGGGUCGCGUGUUGAAGCGGCUGAUGGCCCUGCAGGACGCCAUGGCCACCAACAGCCACACAUACAUCAGGCAGCUCGUCAGGUCAGCGCCAGUGACCCACGCAAACACGAGUAAGGUACGUACGUGUAUCUGUCUCUGGUGCAGGACCUUCCAGCUCAAGUACUCGCAGGACUUCGCCAAGCUGCCGCAGCCAGAGAAAGAGUGAGCAACACACACACACACACACACACCGGCGGGUACCCAUGCGCCAAUAUUCUCUCCUGUGCGUGUGUGUUGGCUGUGUGACAGUUACGCCUUGUCGAUGGUCAAGACUGAGCGUCUUCCCUGGUCUGCGCGCGAGAACAGAGGGAUGACUAGCCGCUUGGUGGACACACACACGGCGGGGAGGGCAGCUAUUGGCGAGCAGCAGAGUGCUGCUGCAUCCGGUGUGCCGGCAGAAUGAACUGGAUGGGUGGUCUUGUGUCAGUCAAUGCUUGGUCGGCGGGUCCGUUCUCUUCGUCCAUUCUGAGGCGUCAUGUGGUGCCUGUCACUGCCUGUCUGUUGGUCCACUCGAGAGGGCAUUCAUGUCUUGUCGAGUGUCCCAGCAUCCUGGCCAUGGCAGACACCACAGGGUGCUCAGCCAUCCCCUAUAGGAUGUGAUGACAGCUCUGUCGUCGGUCGCCUUGUCUCUGUGUGCGACGUGAUGCAUUAGGGUGUCCAACUGAUUCAGGAGUCCGACAUAUGUGACGUUAUGCGUUGAUGUGAAGGCGUG